GCAGUGGAUCCUCCAGCUGCAAGGCCUGUGAUCUGCAAUACCUUCGGGAAGAGGAGGAAGAGGAGGAGGGGGGCAGCCCAGCCCCAGGUGCCCAGGAGAAGCCCUACAAGUGCCACUUCUGCAGUUCCACUUUCCAUGGCAAGGGGAGCCUGGCCAGCCAUCGGUCCUUGCAUGCAGGAGAGAAGCCCUACCAUUGCGGCGUCUGCGGGGCCCAGUUUAACCGGCCGGCUAACCUCAAGACGCACUUGCGCAUCCACUCCGGAGAGAAACCCUACAAGUGUGAGAUGUGUGGGUCUUGUUUUGUGCAGGUGGCCCAUCUCCGAGCCCACGUCUUGAUCCACACGGGAGAGAAGCCCUACCCGUGUGGCACCUGCGGGACUCGAUUCCGCCACCUGCAGACCCUCAAAAGCGACACGGUGGGUGUCGUGCGGAAGGAAGACGGGACCCUGCAUUUCUUCGUCAACGGCGUGGCGCAGGGUCCAGCCGCCUGGAACAUCCUGCCAAAUAUCUACGAUCUCUACGGAUCCAUGCUGGUCCGGAGGGCCGUUGUCCCAGCCCCCCCUGACGGGGGCUGGGGCUGGGUGGUGGUCCUGGCUGCCUUCCUCCAGUCUGCCUUGGUCUUUGGCGUUCUGCGAUCCUUCGGCGUUUUCUUCGUCAAGUUUGUGGCUCACUUCCAGGAAUUGUCCGGACGGAUCUCCUGGAUCACCUCCAUCGGGAUCGCGGUGCAGCAGUUUGCUAGUCCGGUGGGAACUGCUCUGAGUUCCCACUAUGGGGCUCGGCCCGUGAUCAUGGUUGGGGGGUUUCUCUCCGGCCUGGGUCUCCUGUUGGCAUCGUUUGCGACCCAGUUGGUGCACUUAUAUCUCAGCAUCGGACUCCUUUCAGGGUUCGGCUGGGCGUUGGUCUUCACGCCUUCCAUGGCCUCCGUGGCUCGCUACUUCAAGACACGCCGCACCCUGGCCACCAGUUUGGCCCUGACCGGCGUUUGCAUCUCCUCCUUCGCCUUCUCGCCUCUCUUCCAAUUCCUGGUGGACACCUACGCCUGGAGGGGUGCCCUCAUGAUCGUUGCUGGCAUGUCCUUCAACCUCGUGGUCUGUGGCACCCUCAUCCGGCCCCUGACCCUGAAGGAGGACCUGUCCGGCAAAAAGCUGACGGGGCCGUGCUGGAAGACCCUCUCCAAUCUCUUCGGCCUGCACCUCCUUUCCCACGGCUCGUUCAUGCGGUACGUGGUGGCCGUCACGUUGGUCAACACAGGCUAUUUUAUCCCCUACGUCCACCUGGUGGCCCGGGCACGAGAACUGGACUUUGACGAGUACCAGGCUGCCUUUCUGAUGUCCGUGGCGGCCGUGGCGGACCUUUGCGGUCGCCUCUUCUCCGGCUGGCUGGGCAGCUACAGGUUGUCACGGUUGAUCCACCUGUUGGUGGCCUGGACCUUCUUGACGGGUGUCUCCUUGCUGCUGAUCGCCUGGGGCCGCACCUACCCGCUCCUUGUGGCCAUCAGCCUCGGCUACGGAUUCUUCUCCGGAGCCCUGACGCCCGUGGUCUUCUCCAUCAUUCCGGAGAUCGUGGGCAUCGAGAACAUCUUCAGCGCCAUGGGGCUGCUCCAGAUGAUAGAAAGCGUCGGGGGGCUCUUGGGGGCCCCCUUGUCUGGUUGGCUCAGAGACCUCACCGGCAACUACGCGGCGUCCUUCCUCGCCGCCGGGUCCUUCCUGUUGGCCGGUAGCCUCGUCUUGAUGACCGUGCCCAGUUUCUCCACUUGCCUGUCUCAGCCGGCUUGGCAGGAGCACCGGCGUGGCAAAGAGGCCGGGGACGGCAGCCAGUUGACCUCGGAGGCCCCCACUCCCGAAAAGUGCCGCCCCUGCCCUGGGGGGCCCAUGGCCGAGCAGACCCCCGUGAAGAGCUGA